GGCGAACGGGCGAGCGAACGGGCGAGCGAACGGCACACCUCCUGCGCCUGGCUGUUGGGUGUCAGUACCUCAGGUGGGCAGGAUGGGAGGGAGGUUCCGAGCUGCCGCAGGUCGGGCAGGCGCCGAGGGCAGGUGGGUUGCGGUGAGCGCCGUCGGCCCCUGGGGCGCUUCACCGGGACCUGCGGGCGGGUGAGAGGCCUUGCCGGGCCCGGGGCCGGCCGGGGAGGGCAGCAUGGAGGGGAGAAAUCAGCGCGUAAAACUGCUGAUUUCCGCACAACUGCGAUUUUAUUAUCAUAAUUCCAAACGCUUUAUUUGAAAUUUUUACUGAGAUUAAAAAAAAAGUUCGAUCCUGUGCGUGGAUGCAGGUACCUGUCCGUUGCAGGCACUGACAGCUGUCGGAAGGUGGCUCCUGAUCACGCUUCUGGUUAGAAAAUUGCUGUGUACAAAUCUACCUCAGCUUUUGGAUGAGCAGACAUGGCUGUCACGCUGCAUACUGACGUAGGAGAUAUUAAAAUUGAACUAUUCUGUGAGCGUACACCAAAGACUUGCGAAAAUUUCCUGGCUCUUUGUGCUAGUAACUACUACAAUGGCUGCGUAUUUCACCGAAAUAUAAAGGGCUUCAUGGUUCAGACGGGGGAUCCAUUAGGCACUGGGAAAGGAGGUAACAGCAUCUGGGGCAAGAAGUUUGAAGAUGAAUUCAGUGAAUACCUAAAGCACAGUGUCCGUGGUGUAGUUUCGAUGGCAAACAAUGGUCCAAAUACCAAUGGAUCACAGUUCUUCAUCACUUAUGGCAAGCAACCGCACCUAGAUAUGAAGUACACCGUCUUUGGGAAAGUUAUUGAUGGCUUGGAGACCCUGGAUGAGCUGGAGAAGCUGCCUGUGAAUGAGAAAACCUACCGACCUCUUAAUGAUGUUCGCAUUAAAGAUAUUACAAUUCAUGCCAACCCUUUUGCUCUGUAGCCACAGAGUGCCUCGACACAUUCUUUAGAGAUUGGUCAGUUCGACUGCUGGAUUAUGGGAUUUAAAGUGUUACUAAAAAGGGUUACUUGAGCUGUAUCAUACCUUUGCUCAUUGAAUGCAGGAUUUUCAGGAGCUGUGACAUUGUUUGGGAUUUGUUACAGGGGAGCCUUGUGCUUUAGCUUUUCCAUAGUAUGUUCCAGGAUUUUGAUUUUUAAACAUUGCUUUUUAUACUUGUAAAAUAAGAAAAUAUUUUUUAAAAUAUUUUUUUCAAA